UGCUCGUAGCAUGCUCGCAUACCAUUCCGAGUCGCCAUCUUUGUUUUGUUAUCACAUAUUCCUUGUAGAAAGUUGUUCCAUUAAAAAUCUACUCUGGCUUCGUUUUUGGCACCCGAUAUUCCAUUUAUUGGAAGUGGGAAGGAGAUGAUGCAUCAGUUAGGGCAACCGAGGGGUUUCCCACACCCUCACCCUGGCACGCCCCAGUUAGCAGGGCUGUCUGAUGUCGACCGUGAAAAGAUCUACGCAUGGGUCUUGGAGUUGUCAAGUCCCGAAACACGGGAACAUGCUCUUUUAGAACUCAGUAAGAAAAGAGAAGUUGUUCCAGAUCUAGCUCCAAUGCUUUGGCAUUCUUUUGGAACUAUAGCUGCUCUACUUCAAGAAAUAGUCAAUAUUUAUCCAGUUAUCAACCCUCCAAACCUCACAGCCCACCAGUCCAAUAGAGUUUGUAAUGCCUUAGCACUCUUACAAUGUGUCGCAUCACAUCCUGAAACUAGAUCUGUCUUCCUCCAAGCACACAUCCCACUUUUCCUAUACCCAUUCCUUCACACCACAAGCAAGACUAGGCCAUUUGAAUAUCUUCGCCUCACCAGCCUGGGGGUCGUGGGAGCAUUAGUAAAGACUGACGAGACUGAAGUUAUCACCUUUCUUUUGACGACCGAGAUUAUCCCUCUGUGCCUGCGAAUCAUGGAAUCUGGGAGUGAACUCUCCAAAACUGUUGCUACAUUUAUCCUUCAAAAGAUCCUUCUUGAUGAGACAGGUUUGUCCUACAUCUGUCAGACAUAUGAGCGCUUCUCACAUGUGGCCAUGAUACUUGGGAAAAUGGUGCUUGCUUUAGCGAAAGACCAGUCAGCAAGGCUCUUGAAGCAUGUGGUGCGCUGCUAUCUCAGGCUCUCAGACAAUCCCAGGGCCCGUGAAGCCUUGCGCCAAUGCCUUCCAGACCAGUUAAAAGACGGCACAUUCUCAACCUGUCUCAAAGAUGAUGCAUCUACCAAAAGAUGGUUGAGCCAGCUGAUGAAAAACUUACAAGAGCAGACCAUUGCUGACCCUCGUAGUAUGCCGCCACUUACAUCCUAGCCAGUACAUGGAAUACAAUAAAAGGCAGCAGUUACACCCCCAUUGUAAAACCCACAUAAACUGAUCAUACAGGCAGAGAUAUACACGUAUUUAACAAAAGGUUGCCAGUACAAAUGGCCAAUGGCUUUUAAGUACUAAUUAUUCGAAAAAUUAAAGGUGUUAAAUAAAGUCCAGCAAUGUCAGAGCCAAGCAUUGGAAACCUUUAAUGGAUAAUUGUUUUGAUUUAUCCUUAUUCUUCGAAACGCAUGGUUACUUUCGGUCGUAGAACUGCUAUUUGCCAAUCACUAUUUGCACUGACAACCUUUAUUGAAAUAGGUGUAUCUUGGAAAUACUGUAUCUGCUCAAUGCAAAUGAAGUCAGUUUUACUUGAAAUGUUCACUGUAAUCCUCUAUACAUACAGUACGUUUUUAGAAGAGGAAAUGGGUAAAGAAGUUUGACCAGCAAGUUCUUGAUUGCACUCUUUUGAUGUUUUCAAGAACUUUUCAAACUUGCAUUUCUUCCUGUAAACAUGAAAAAUGCUUUUCACCUAGGCUACGGUUUUCUAUCAUUCUGGAAUGGGAAUGGUUGGUAGAAAAUGUUCAGAAUGCCAUUCUGCUAUGUGGAAUGGCCUUCAUUCCAUUCAGGAAUGGGAACGCGGGAUAAACAAAUGCUUGCUUUUUCUAUUCUAAUAAUUCUAAUUCCAGAAUCACGAGUAUGCCUAGACAACUUUUUUUUUCCUUUCAAAUUUCAGCCAACAUUUAUUAAGAAGUCUUGUAAAUAGUGUUUAGUAAAAUACUGGUAGGCAUAGUUUAGAUGCUGUUCUUUUCGUGUACCCUUGUACCCUUUCAAAUGCAUUAAUCGAAGUUGAUUGUUUUAUCUUCAUUUUCAUGCAUUUACGCUUGAAACAGCACAUGGAAAGUCUGGCACCUAAACUAGGCUGUACUGUGUACAUAUAAGUUUUAUGGUGUACUGUAUGCCUAUUUUGAUAUACUGUAUAUAAAAACCAAUUGCUAGUGAAUAUGUUGAAAUAAAACUCUCAACAUCA